AUGGAUUCAACUAAAUAUUUUGGUGUCACUAUUGAUGAAAAUCCACCAAAGGUUGUAUAUACAAUAAGACUAGUUAGAAACGCCUUCAAAAAAGGGAAAAAUAUUAGAACUAAAAUUGUAGGACUUUACCCCAAAGGGAGCCCUUCCAGAAAUUCUCGAAGGCCUGAGCAAAACCCAGGCCUAAGAGGGGGUUUGGAAAUAGUUUUCAACCAGCAAUAG